CAGUACUAGUAGCGGCAGCAUCCUUCAAAAUUGCAARAGAAGGAAACGAAUCCACGCCGGCAAWUWCACUAGUAMUGAAUCAAAUUCUGAAAUUGAGAAGGCUCCGAGAUUCUUGUUGAGGGAUGAACCAAGGUUUGAGCCGAGUCAAUUAMUAUGUCCGCAAAUGAGCCUGCAAGUAUUUGUCAACGACGGAGGCCUUCGACGCCAAACAGCACUACGCGAGACGGCAACAUCUUCAAUUCCAUCAACAACYYUACGUCCACAAUCCCCAGGAACCGAUUCGGCGACUUUCAGGCAUUCAGCGCUUUCURAGCGAGCUUCCUUUAUCCUGCCAAGCAUUGACGAACAAAGAAACGCCCACYACGAUUGUGCAAGCAGUGGACAAAGAAAUUUGGCUCACGAAGGAGACGAAGGUAGCAUUUCGAACAACGGCGAUAGCAGCAGCGAUAGGCCAACCAGAAUGRCAGCUGUUGGUCUGCUGCCAACCAUGGAUGUGGUGUCGGACAAUUCGUCCGAGGAUCUAGACUUUGGAAGCCAGAACAGCAAUAGCAGCGGUGGCAGCAUAAAUAAUUGCAGCAGUACCAUCCAAUCAGACUUUGAUCUGUUUUUGGAUAACGAUGAUAUCUUUAGCACUCGUGACAACACYGUCACGAACGCGAAUAUUGCAGCAUCGAAGUUAAGCUGGCAACAUCAGAAAGAGGAAGAUCGCGUUUCUUCUCCACAAAAUUUGUCGAACUCCUCGGAACCCUACUCAACUUCUUCUCCCGAUGRCAACAGCCAUUCCCGACGGCUCAGCUCCAGUUUGAAUCGCAUUUUCCAACCAACUGUAUUGAACUGGCAGUCACAUUCACAUCGGAAGCAAAAUGAACGCCGAAGAUCUUGGGGUACCUCCUCAUCGUCAUCGCAUCAUUCUACCCCCGGAUACGAGUCUCCGCGACAUAUGCACCGAUCCUCCUCAGCACCCUCGCCCUCCAAACCCUCCCUGUUCACAUCGCCAUCUUCCUCUUCUUCAACACCGCUCUGUACUASCCCCUUUUCGAUGGAAAGAUUUUUCGAAAGAAAACCAAAAGGUCGACUGUCGUCACACAACGAGCAGAAACAGGGAACGAACUGGAGACCUUACAUGGUCCAUAUUUUUUACUCAGCGGGAGUCAUCUUCCAGUUACUGGUUCUCAUUUUAAUUUUAGUGUUGAUUGUGCUCUCUCGAUCUCAGGCCUCAUCGGCCACACAAGCUCUUAUUCGUCUAAAGACGACCGAGUCGCUUGAAUUGCUGAAGCUGCAUCGAUUGGAAGACCAUUCGUUGCACGUCCACGAACUUAUCCGGAAAAAACUUUUUCGAAUCCAGACACAGAGUAAUGCGAACAUCGCCGAUAAGGUAAUUGACGAAUUGGUUCAUGGACAUAAGGACUCAGAUGAGGCUACGACAAAAGAAGAUUCAUCAACUGAUCGCAAAGACACCGACCCUCUGCUUGCUCAAUACCACCAGUUGCGGAAAAUGUCGGACGAGCUUCGGGAGCACGAGGCGGUCRCGAACCUUCAAGAGCACCUUCAAGAAACAGCACGCGAUGAAAUCAUGAACAACUAUGGAGAAGGACCGGUGAAAGUGGUCAUCGAAUUGAACUUUGAGGAUAAUGAACAUCAUGACGAUGAUGCAAAAAAGCACUUGAAGCUCCAGGAGAACGGCGGUGAAAAAAAAUYGAUAGCUCAAAUGGCGAAGGGCACAUACCUUUCGGUCUUAUUGUGGCCCGAUGCCCCCCACGCCGCAUGGGCCUGGCUGGAUCAAAUCCAGCGUGGCAUCUGGAAUGGAGCAGCUAUCAAAUGGAAUCCAACCUCCACGCUCUUGCAAAUCCUACCAAUGAUAGAAGAUCCCGACGAUCGGGGUCACCUGGGAUUUGUAGAGCACCACGAGGACAGUGACAAACAGCAGRAUUUCGAUAAUCCCGACACACAUCACGGUGCGUGGACGAUUGGACUACACGAAACCCUGCUCGACGAUGCUAAGAAUAACACCAACAGCCGCUUAGAGAUGUAUAUCAAUCUAACCGAUAACAAAGAACAUCGCAAGCACGAGACCUGYGUGGGCAAGAUAUUUGACGGGUUUGAUGCCCUUCAGCGAUUGGUGGAAUCCACUGUGGUGAGUGCAGAAGGCAAGUCUGUUACCAAUGUUACURUCAAAACAAUCAGCGCCAUGCACAUGCCACACCAAGAUUUCGAAAAGGCAUUUCUUUAACUAUUUCAUAAAAAAUACYAUUUGGAGUAUGUGCGAAACGYAAUUGCAAACGAUUGUUCGUCUACCCUUUCUUUUCCGCAUUCUACUGCGAUGGCAUUGUUGUUAUUUAUUUUAACAAUAAUAAUUUUAGUCUUAAAUU